AUGGAUGAAUUGAAAACGAUUAUUCGUGCGCUAGCCAUAUCGAACGCGGCUAGUGGUAUAACAGUGUCCCAAUUGGAUGCGGAUUUUAAAGCCUUGGAAGGAUAUGCCAUUCCAUACGCCAGCUAUGGAUUUCAAUCGCUCGAUGGAAUGCUGCGGACAAUGACCGAUGCAAUACAGGUCAAAGGAUAUGGACUAACGGCUGUAGUUGAACCGCUCAGUAACAAAAAAUCUCAACAUGUCCAGGAAAUGGUAAAAAGGAACAAACCGGGCAAGAAAAAGCCUUUUGCUAACAACCGUAGUCAUGGUUAUCAACGAAAUUAUAGAAACAAUGCUUAUAGUCAUCCUUAUUAUCUUGAUCUUGAUGAUGGCCAUGAUGAUGAUGAUUACGACGAUAACGAGUUCGAUGAGGAAAUAAAACCCACAAGUCAACUCAGCUUUGACGAGGCGUAUAAUGAACGUCAAAAUAAACGAGAGGAAAUACUCGCCAAACUUGACAAACUGAAACGGAUUUCCGUACGGCCAUCCAACGGUGGGCUCGUCGUCCCCGAUAGCACCAAAACAACAGUAGAGACAAUUAAUUGCAGCAAUGAUCCAACAACCAAUGAACUAACGAUACCCGAAGAUGCAAUGCCUCGCAGCCAAAAGAUUGUAGAUACACUUCCCGGACAACUGCUGCAACCCAAGGCAUCCGCUAGAGUGGUGGUCACUUCACUUCUCAAUCCGAAGCAUCUCUAUAUACAUUUGGCCGAAAACACGGACAAGCUAACGCACCUAGCGCCACUCAUUGACCGCAUCUAUAGUACGAAGGCUACCGGAUACGAGUGGCUAAUACCGGACACGAUGGUACAGGUCGGUAUGUACUGUGCGGCAAAGUACCACAAUCGAUGGUACCGGGCACAGGUGAAGGGUCCGGUAAACUAUCUACGCGUGCUACUGUCGUACAUUGAUUACGGCUACCUGAGAUAUGUGCCAUUGGCGGAUGUUCGAUUUUUGGCGAAGGAAUUAGCUUCCCUACCAUGUCAAGCAGUUCGUAUUGCACUUACGAGCGGAAAUCUCUCCGGGGAAAACUGGAGUAAAGAAACCUGUGAACAGCUUGCCAAUAUGGUACAUCGGAAAGUGUUAAAUAUGGAGGUGGUUAGCGUUGAUUUGAAUGAAAACGUUUUGGACGUUAUACUUACCGAUCCUUCAAGCUGCUCGAACGGGCAUACGGAUUCUGACAAAAGCAGCCUAAAUCGGCAGCUUGCAAUGGCGCCUAGUAAUAUUGUGUAG